AUGGCGCUUGGGGGAACUGGGGCGAAUGGUCCAAGUGCACCUCCACCUGCGACAGCGGCUUCCGUGUGCGACACCGAGAUGUCAUCCAAAGGCCCAACAGUUGCGGUAAGCCUGCAGUGGGAUGAGUACCAGGUGUGCACUGAUCAGCCACCUUGCACCGCCGACAGCGACUGCUUGCUGGCUGAGUGGGGUGAGUGGUCGGCGUGCUCCUGCAGCUGCUACGGUGUCAAGGAGCGUCAUCGGCGCAUCGAGCAGUUUGCCAAGGCUGGCAAUGGCAAGUCCUGCGGCGCAGUUGCUCUUGGGCACUCCAUGACGACGAUGAAUCAGUGGGACAAUCAGGGAGGCUAUGCCUCGCAGAACGGCUAUACCUCGCAGAACGGCUAUACCUCGCAGCGAGUGACCAUUUCUGGAGGCUUUGCAGCCUUGGAGGAGGUGUCAGCUUGCAACCCCUUGCCUGGAGGCCUCGCACCACUGCACUGUGGACCUUUGCAGAAGCGUCCUUGCGAUUUUGCUCCGUGGGGGGAGUGGGGCGAAUGCUCAGCCACCUGCGAUGGCGGAAUGCGCGAGCGCAGCCGCCACAUCAAAACGCCCAACAGCAACGAUGGGGACUGUGUUUGGGGUGCUUGGUCCGACUGGGGUGAUUGCUCCAAAUGUGGUGGUCAGCGCUACCGCCAGCGUAGUGUCAUCCGGAUGCCCAACGAGUGUGGCAAAUUGUGCGACCCAUCUGUGGCGAAAGAGGUCGGAGACUGCACCAGCCACUGCGAGGAUGAAGGCUUUUGCGGCUGGUCGCAGUGGAGUUCUUUAGGCGAUUGCAGUUCCACGUGCGGCACUGCUGUCACCUGGCAAGACUGCACUGAUCGCUCAUCUCUACAUAACAGCUUUUUGCAGCCUUUAGCAUGUGCUCGUAAGAAUGAGUUCCGGUGCCUUUGUCCUUCAUAG